AUGGCAUCAACUACAAAAUCACCAACCAUUUUGGUCUUUCUCUUAUUACUCUUCUUUGUCCCUCUCUUUGCUCGUCCUCUAGAUGUUUCAAUGGCAUCCAUGGCUUCCUCAAUAUCAGUUCAACGAGUCCUUCUGUACUCUCCCAUAACCAUGCAAUCCACCAUGAAUUCCAAUCCAGGACGACCCGAGACAACAGGGACAACUACUACUACUGCUGCUGCUACUGCUAUUACCACCACAAGUAACUCGAAUCGGCAGUUUUGGGCAGCUGCCCAUGAAGUUCCAAGCGGUCCGAAUCCGGAGUCCAACAAGUGAGGAAGUGACUAUGCUAUGAAACGGAAUCUGACCCACAGGGGCAGUGGUGUCAGAUUUAUUUGUGCAGUGACUAGCAAUAUAGGGA